UGCUGCUUAUCUUAGUACUUGGUCUUUGUGACAAUGUUUGUCUUUGUUUGGUUUAUGGCCCCCAAUCGGACGCUUAUCAAUUAAUUGAUAAAGCUUCGUAAAAUCGACCAUCAAUAGAACGCAGAUUGGGCAGGUAGUGCCUUAAAAGUCGCCGAACAGUUCACUAUUACUUACUCCUGACAACGACCUAGAAAUGACACCGCAAAUCCGCCCACUCACGCCGGAGUUGCAAAAACUGGCCAAGGAGCAGCUCAAGGAGGACCCCGAACGUCUCGAGGCCGAUCUGCAAUCAUUCAAGACAUGGAUCGAGCAGCAGCCGCAUCUAAAUCCCCGAAUGGAUGACCAGUUUCUGGUGGCCUUCUUGCGCGGCUGCAAGUACAGUCUGGAGCGGGCCAAGUCCAAGUUAGAUAAGUACUACACGCUGAAGACCAAGUAUCCGGAAUAUUUCCUUGUUAGCAACACGAAGGACAGCAAGUUCCGGGAGAUCCAUCAAACGGGUGCCCUCAUCUACCUGCCCACUCCUCUUUACGAAAAUGGACCACGCAUCGCGAUCUGGCGCAUGGGAUUGGUGUCAGUGGAGAAGUACACAAUGCUGGAGGCCAUGCAAGUGGCCCAGGCAAUGCAGGAGAUAGCCAUCUUGGAGGAUGACUACGCCAAUGUCAAUGGAGUAGUUUUUAUAAUGGACAUGAAGGGUGCUACUGCCGCGCACUUGUUCCAGAUGACGCCGUCGAUGGCCAAGAAAUUCACUGUGUUCUCGGAGGAGGCUCUUCCACUGCGUCUGAAGGCACAGCAUUUCAUCAACACCAUCACCGGAUUCGAGCAGUUGUUCAACAUGUUCAAGCCCAUGAUGUCCAAGAAAAUGCAGUCUCGCCUGUUUGUGCACGGCAACAAAAUGGGGCUGUUGACGGAACAGAUACCGCUGAAAUAUCUGCCCGUGGAAUACGGCGGCGAGAAUGGCACCACGCAGGAAAUCGUUGACGCUAUGGAGAAGAAGUUGGACGAGUACGCCGAUUUCUUCCAGGAAAAUGCCAACUUCGGCACCGAUGAGAGUCUGCGUCCGGGAAAACCAAUCGAUUUUGAGGGGCUUUUUGGAGUUGAAGGUUCUUUUAGAAAGCUGAACGUGGACUAGUUUCCAUUCGUUACUUUAAGAUUUAUUUGGUUAUCAUCCAUUUGAAAGGUCUUCCAAUUUAUUGGCUAGAAAACACAUUCGUAUCAGUUGAAUAGUUAAAUCGAAAAGCAAGUAACUUGUCAUUGAAAUAUACCUUUACACCUUAA